GACAAAUAUUCCGUGUUGUAGACGCUCGCAGCUACUUGCAGUAGAGCCUCGCGCAGAGAACUGAGCAGAGUCCCGCGAUUCACGCGCACACGGCAGUUCAGUCCGGACCUGCAGGGCUCGAACCGCAGCUGUUCUCUGCUACUGUUGAGGGUUCCACAGCGACCCAUGAGAACUUUCAUUUGACUUCAUCGAUUCAUUUUGUUUUUAUUUUCAGUCAUUAGUCAUUCUUAUUUGCUUCAUCCAAUAGGCUGCAAUUAAGUCAUUCUUGCCCAUCUUUUCCAAAUUGCCUCAUUCUUUUUUUGUGGAACUCCGGUGGUUUUUCCCCUCGUUUGACCGCCUGAACGGAAUACCUCGCAUUUGGAUUGGUUCCUGCUUGGUUUAUGAUCCACACCGGGGGGAUUAACUUCAUGUCUCAGCGGACAUCGAGCACUUCGGCGGCGACGACACGGGUCGCCUUCCUGUGAGGAAUGUACGUGCUCCCCACGGCCGGUUGAUAGGAGAGUGCUCCACUCAGUCUUAUAUUUUACCGAAUGAGAAACUGCCUGCUGUCCGCGGUGCUGUUCUCUCUCAUCUUGAGCAGGACUAAUAGAGGAGCAGCUUUUCCCUUCGGGAUGGUUCACUUCUAACCGGGCUCCUAUUCAGCAUUUCUUUUUCUUUUUUAUUAUUAUUAUUUUUUCUUUACUUUUUCUCCUGGAACAGGGUUAUUGAUUGUGGAUUGUCACAAGACGCACUCCAACAAGACGCUUUCUUUUUUAUAAUUAGAAAUUCCCGCGGAACGGAAUUUGACCUUAACGGUCGUAACGGACCAUGGGCGACUCUCUGUGGAGAUAUUACUUUGGAGUUCUAUUCAUCGCGUGCAAGGUGAACCUGUCCCGCGCGCUCAUCCUGGACUCCAUAUACUGGAACACGACGAACACCAAGUUCGUGCCAGGACAGGGUCUGGUGCUGUAUCCACAGAUCGGGGAUAAGAUGGACAUAGUUUGCCCACGCAUGGAGGGCGGCUCAACAGAAGGAGUGGAGUAUUAUAAACUCUAUAUGGUUCCUCUGGAACAGCUGAAGUCCUGUCAGGUCACAAAGGCAGAUACGCCUCUACUCAACUGUGUCAAACCGGACCAGGACGUCAAAUUCACCCUCAAAUUCCAGGAGUUCAGCCCAAACCUUUGGGGCCUGGAGUUCUUCAGGGGGAAAGACUACUACAUUAUCUCUACAUCUAAUGGAACGAUGGAAGGGCUGGAUAAUCAGGAAGGAGGGGUGUGUAAAACCAAGUCGAUGAAAAUCAUCAUGAAGGUUGGACAAAACCCCUCCGAUCCCAUUUCCCCCAAAGAAUACCCAACCAGUUACCCUCCCAAACACCCCGAUGUAGGGGGCAAGGACACCAAAUCGAAUGAAGUACUUGACAAGCCGGACGCAGCUCAUCAAGGUGAAGAGAAGGGAGAUGGAAAUAAAUCAUCAUCGGUCAUUGGUUCAGAGGUCGCACUGUUUGCCUGCAUCGCCUCAGCCAGCGUCAUUGUCAUCAUCAUCAUCAUCAUGCUGGUAGUCCUCCUGCUGAAGUAUCGCCGACGCCAUCGCAAACACUCGCCUCAGCACGCAACCACGCUGUCACUCAGUACAUUAGCCACGCCCAAGAGGGGCGGCAGCGGCGGCAACAACAACGGCUCGGAGCCUAGCGACAUCAUCAUCCCGCUGCGGACUGCUGACAGCGUCUUCUGCCCGCAUUACGAGAAAGUGAGCGGCGAUUACGGACACCCCGUUUACAUCGUACAGGAAAUGCCGCCCCAAAGCCCAGCAAACAUCUAUUAUAAAGUGUGAAAACGGACACGCUUUUUUCGGACGUUUUAACUCUAACCCCCCACAUGCCCCUCGAUGAACCCCUCGAGGGCGGCAUUGAUGCCUGAGCUCACCCUCGUCCUGCCCCCUCUUAUUUUUUUGCUGUUCUUGUUUAUUUUAUAAUAUUCCUGAUUAUUACUCUCAGUAUAGAUGUUGCUGAUGGUGGAGUGACACUCCUGAUUCGCUGCUCUUGCACCUGCAAAAACGAAACAAACUAAUCAAAAAAAGGACAAAAAAGAAAACAGAAACCCUUCUGGAGAUUGACGUGCACUAUAACAGAUAUUAUAGUGUGUACGAGGGAGCGUGUGUGAAUCAGACGAGCGGGGGAGAGGGGGGUUGAGAGGGUGGCCGUGAAAUGAGAGGUCAAGAUAAUGAUUCUUCCUCUUUUUUCUACUACAUCAUCUCCCUUAUAGACACAACACACGGAGAUGGAGAAGUGACGUGACAGUAUCACACAGCAAGAAAUAUGAACUUGAGCUGUUUAUUCAGCUUGGCUGAUUGGCUGAUCCAUCUUGAAACAGGAAGUGAAUGCAGCCUAUUGGCCAGAGCUACAGGAAGGGGAUUUAUCAAUGAAGCGGGAAGCUCUCAGGAGCCUACUGUUGGACAUUUGAAUGGACUUCAUCUGUUUUUGCACGUUCACUCGUACUGUUUUCAUUUACGUUAACUCUCCUUAUUUGCUCACCUCUACAAAAUGACUCACGAUGUUUACUUGAAGUCUUUUUGUAUGGUCAUGCGUCUUACUUACAUUUCUUUCUGUCAUUCCCAGUGCAGUCCAAUUGCAGAUUUGUUUGGUAGAAGACUAAUAGGUAUCGUCAUAGAGGUCCUUUUGUGCUGGUUUAUGUGCUGUGUAGUAGCGUGGAAGACACAUACACACAUUUCAUUUCGUAUACGUCUGCUGCCAGGGCUGGAAAAAUAAGACACACAGAGAGAUAGAAGGAAGGGAAGAACGUCGAUAUUUGGUACAGUUGCUGUCCUGUUGCCUGCUGGGAAGGUGGAGGACCCACUUGAACACUUUAGCAGCACUUUGAAAGCCUCACCACUUUUCCCACAUGGAGUACAAACUCAAGAAAACGCAUUAAGAAAGAGAGCAGCGAGCGAAUCACUCAAGGCUUAUUAGCAAAAUCUGUCAUUUUUGACACAAAAUGGCCGCCUUCCCCAGGCACGUCGCUGCGAAAGUUCCUGUUUUUCUAGUAUUUCUGCCAUCACACACUGACACACACACAUUCUCCCUCACCAGUGGCCAGUGCAGAUUGUGGAAGAGGAACUGGUGCUCUACUUUUUUGCUCAAAAGCACAGGGACGUCAAAAUCUAAUUGUUUAGUUGAAAUAAAAAAAAAAAAUUCAUUAGCAAUUGUUUAUGGAUUUGUUUAGCGCUAGAUGAAAACGGUUUGAAAAAGUGCAGGUAGACUUUAUUUAUGCUAGCGCACAGAAAGCUCAGUGUGAAACAGCAAGAAUAUGAAUAAUUUAUGGCGAAUCUGCACAUUAUGCAAGAUUCAAGUUUUCCUUUUCGUUAACAGAUAUGUCUCCAUCUCGCUAUUUGCUUUUUUCCAUCGAUCCCUACACGAAUAGCUGCGUUUGGACCACAAACACACACACAGCCGUACUAAAAGCACAUGCGCUCAUGGCCAGGGAAGGGGCGGCUUUGGAAGGAGCCCUCAGGGAAAACAGCAUGUUGGGUUUUAAAAUAGCCGAAAGGAAUGAGAGGGAAGGGCCAGAAACGGACCAAAGGAAGGGCACGUCUAACAGAGUCCUGGCUAAACCAACUUCUCCGGCCUGCCUGUCUCUGUUGAUGAAGCUCAGAUGUGCUCUGGGUUGAAAUUAGGCCCCUUAAUCUGGAAGGAGAGCAGUAGACAUGGGUUAGCGAGCAUACCAGAUGAGAACGAGCGCAGGCUAAAUGUAGUAAAUUGCAUGAAAUGGGAUCUUUCAGGCUCAGAUUGUGGGACAUUUCUGGAGGGGGAAAGAAAACACAUUAUGAUCGAUGGAGGUCACAAGUGGACCUAGCAUGCGUUUUAGAGAGGAAGUCACCGAGCAGAGGCCAGAGUAUCCCACAACCCACAGGAUUUUGGAACUGGAAUUUUUUGUCGUCAUUCAUACGAAACCCUUGGUGAGCAAUGACAGUUAUCUCCAUUUGUUUCUUACGUUAAAAUCAAAAUCGUUUUGAGAGUUGAAAAUGUCCACAAACUGACUGUGGAGCGCCAUAGUCGCACAUUAACUGUUCAUCCAUUUUGUUUAACUUGUUCAUGGAGGUUCUUGAAUCUCACCGAGAAGCCAAGCCUUGUGUGAUCGGAGCUUUGUGCCUCUGUAAGAGGCCACAAAAUCUGCAAAUAUGCAAUUUUUAUUUAUUUUUAUAACAAUUGAGAAAAAAAAAAAGAUGAUAUACGUUCACCUAUGGAAAAGUGUUCUUAACCACUGAAAAUUAAAUGAAACAAUACAGCAUACAAAAACACUACAACCCCGGUGUGUUAUUAUUAUUUGAUUUUUUACUUUGUGUUGUAGGUUCGAGGUAAACUGUGAAACAUGAACUCUUACACACAUACAUCUUGAAGACUGAGCAGUUGUUUUAAACUUUAGAAGACACACACAUACUACAAAAACUACAAACAUAUUGCAGUUCAGUUGCUGUCCCAUAUGGGCUAAAUAUGACAAUCUCUUUAGUUUCUUCGAAUCCGAAGACACUGUUCCGGAAAGCAGCUUGCAAACUUUCCUGUAACAUUUUAGGAGCGGUAAGCCUCAACUAGUAGCGUAAGAUGUUGCAGCGAUGUGGGCGGAAGGUUUGCGAAGCGCAGGGAGAAGUGUCUUCGGGCCAUUGUAAAAUGCCUUGCUUGUAUGGUCACCCUGAGUUCACGGGACUCUAGUUUUUGCACCGUACAUCUGUAGGUGAGAGGCUGUAAAUACGUUAUUGUUUGUAUUGUACAUGGAUCCCCGGUUGUUACGAUAGCCUUAUUCUCACAUUUCUAGCAAAUAAAAAAAAAGUUACGAAAAAAAAGAAAAAAAAAACAUGAAUCACUUCAGUUAAAAGAGAGCAUACUAAUUUUUUUGGUAAAUAACUUGUGUAUAUAUUGACGACAAACCCAAUAAAUCGUUUUUUAUAAACUCUUAAGUAAGAUGUUUUGUAUAGAAUUGGAAUUUUUUGCAAUGUAUUUUAGCUAGCACUCGUCAGACCCCUCCCACUCAACCCUUUUGCACUGUUCCCAUGGUGAUCUGGUUUAAAAAUGAAAAUGAGAUAGAGAAUUGCCAAACUGACUGCUUGCUGCAUAUUUGUGCCAUACGUGUGUACCAUAGAUAUUUAUUUAAUUAGUUCUUUGUUUUUGCUUUUUUCUGUUGGAUUUUUCUUUUCGACCCAGUUUGUACGCAACCUCAGUAUUAUCGUUUGAGUUUUUCCCCAACUUCUCCAUUUCCUGUUAUCUUUCUGUAACUACCGUUUCCCUGAUGGCCCAUGCGCCCAUCCUUCUCUCGCAGUAAGAUCUGGUCAGGACGCGCAACCUUAUAAAGUCCUAGAAAUGAAAUGGCACACAUUCCACCAGUCUGUUACAAACUGAACAUGUUUUUCAAUAAAGUGUUUUUCCUAUGGAA